UUAUAUUCGUGCCUAUUGUUUACUAAUGCAUGACAGCAAGAGAAUAAACCUAGGACUGUGAAGUAUUUUUUUAUUUUUAUUUUGCAAAACUACUGAUCAGUUUUGAUAUCAAAAGAAUUACCUUUUAUUUCCUCUUCGUACUUGAAACAGUGAGCAAGCCUAUGGUACUUUUCUGUCUUUUUAAUUGAUUUUUUCCCCCCCUUUGGCUUGCACCCCUCUUAUCUUGCAUGAUACCUACAUGGAAAGCAAGCACAGCAAUCCUUGCUAUUUUUCAGCCUCCAAAUAUUGCAAAGUAGAUGGAUGACAGGUGUGCAUUGCUUUCCUUUAUGUUUAGUUUUUUUCUAAAAUCUAUUCUUCAGUAAAGUUUAAAGCCUAUUGUGUCAGGGCUGGAAGCUGUCACUGCUGCUGAUUGACAUUGACAGCUACACUUUUUGGGGCAUUAUUACUUUUUUUGCCCUCUGUUCUUUUUAUCUCUGCGAAGAUAACUCCUGGUGUUCUCUGUUGUCACUAUGUCGUGUUUAUACUUCAUUUUAUCAAGAAAAUCCAGCUUCUCGGACCCAACUCCUGGCAGAACUAUCCAAGCUGCUGCAGGUUACUGCUUCCACUAUUAAUUAUUUUUUAUGCCAGGUUAUUAGUGUGUAUAUAUCUUUUUUGUAUCAGUUUCCUUAUCACGUCAGUCUUUCCUCCCCUUUUUUAUUUGUUUUUCUGUUUUGCUGUGCUGUAAUUGCACAUUGUGUUCAUGCUUAUACCUUGACGUUGAUUUUUAGUACUCCCCCCCCCCCCCCAAAGAGAAGCAAAUUAAUAAAUAUACAAACAUAAAAAAAACACUACUUUCAAGGGAAGUUAUCUUCAGGUCUGCCACUAAAAAGGACACAAGAAAAUACCACACGUGAACUUCUUAAGAAACCAACUACUAAGAGGCUGUGCUCUUUACAGUUUUAUGUGCUGUUUAGUUUUGAAGUGGUGAUCCUUAGAGGCGGGACUGAGCAUGGAUCAUUCGAACGAGACAACUCAGGGGAUAGAACAUUCAGAAAUGUCUAACAAUGUAAACGAUUCAAUGGGUACAGCAGCCAAAAUAGCCCGCCUUGAGCAGAAUGGGAGUCCUCUAGGAAGAGGAAGACUUGGAAGCACAGGAGGAAAAAUGCAAGGAGUGCCCCUAAGACAAUCUGCCCAUAUGAUGAGGACAAAUAUCAGAAAAGGAAACAUGCUUCCAGUUUUCUGUGUAGUGGAACAUUAUGAAAAUUUCAUUGAGUAUGAUUGCAAAGAGGAGCAUGCAGAAUUUGUAUUGGUUAGGAAGGACAUGCUUUUUAACCAGUUGAUUGAAAUGGCUUUGCUGUCUCUUGGAUAUUCUCACAGUGCAGCUGCCCAGGCCAAAGGGUUAAUCCAAGUUGGAAAAUGGAAUCCUGUCCCUCUCUCCUGUGUGACAGAUGCUCCCGAUGCUACUGUAGCAGACAUGCUUCAAGACGUCUUUCAUGUGGUCACACUGAAAAUACAGCUACACAGUUGCCCUAAACUCGAAGACUUGCCACCUGAGCAGUGGUCCCACAUAACUGUAAGAAACGCUUUAAAGGACUUGCUGAAGGAUAUGAACCAGAGUUCAUUGGCUAAGGAAUGCCCCCUUUCACAGAGUAUGAUUUCUUCCAUUGUGAACAGCACUUACUAUGCAAAUGUCUCAGCAGCAAAAUGUCAAGAAUUUGGAAGGUGGUAUAAACAUUUCAAGAAGGCAAAAGAUAUGAUGGUGGACAUGGAAGAUCUAUCUGAAUUAUCUCAACAAGGCAGCAAUCAUGUGAACUUUGUUCAACAGCCUGUUCCAGGCAACACUCCUGAAAAACCUUCAUCCCCUGUACAACUUUCUCACAACAGCCAACCAUCUGUGCGGACACCACUUCCAAACCUGCACCCAGGUCUUGUAUCAACUCCCAUUAGCCCUCAGCUAGUAAAUCAGCAGCUGGUAAUGGCUCAGUUACUGAACCAGCAAUACGCAGUGAACAGACUAUUAGCCCAGCAGUCCUUAAACCAACAAUACUUGAACCAUCCUCCUCCUGUCAGUAGAUCGAUCAACAAGCCUUUGGAACAACAGGUUUCACCUAACACAGAGGUGUCUUCCGAUAUCUACCAGUGGGUCCGUGAUGAAUUGAAACGAGCAGGAAUCUCACAAGCAGUAUUUGCACGUGUGGCUUUCAACAGAACUCAGGGCUUGCUCUCAGAAAUACUGCGAAAGGAAGAAGACCCUAAGACUGCAUCACAAUCCUUGCUGGUAAAUCUUCGAGCAAUGCAGAGUUUCCUACAGUUGCCAGAAGCAGAGCGAGAUCGUAUCUACCAAGAUGAGCGGGAAAGAAGUCUAAAUGCUGCGUCAACCAUUGGCCCAGCACCACUGAUCAGCACACCCCCAAGCCGUCCUCCACAGGUUUUAAAGACUGCUACCAUUGCAACAGAAAGGAACGGAAACCUGGAAAACUGCACCAUGAAUAUUAAUGCUUCCAUUUAUGACGAGAUUCAGCAGGAAAUGAAGAGAGCAAAAGUAUCCCAGGCACUGUUUGCAAAGGUUGCAGCUUCUAAAAGCCAGGGUUGGCUCUGUGAACUGCUGCGAUGGAAAGAAGACCCUUCUCCAGAAAACAGGACACUUUGGGAGAACCUCUCAAUGAUUCGACGGUUCCUCAGUCUUCCCCAAACAGAGAGAGAUGUAAUUUAUGAGCAAGAAAGCAAUGCCGUUCAUCAGCACAGUGAAAGACCAUCCCAUGUAAUACAUGUUCCUACAGAGCAAAUGCAGCAAACGCAGCAGCAGCAGCAGCCACAACCACCACCUCCACCACCACAGCCACAGCAACAACCAGGUCCCAGGCUACCACCAAGGCAACCAACUGUGGCAUCUCCAGCAGAGUCAGAGGAUGAUAAUCGCCAGCAAUCACGUCCCCGAACAAAGAUCUCGGUGGAAGCUCUGGGCAUUUUACAGAGCUUCAUACAGGAUGUAGGUCUUUAUCCAGAUGAAGAAGCAAUCCAAACACUUUCUGCGCAACUUGACCUCCCCAAGUAUACCAUUAUCAAGUUUUUCCAGAAUCAGAGAUAUUAUCUUAAACACCAUGGAAAGCUCAAAGACAAUUCUGGCUUGGAAGUGGAUGUAGCAGACUAUGAAGAUGAAGAGUUGCCUAAGGAUUUAGAAGAGGCAAUCCAGGACAAAAGUAGUAAUAUACUGUUUUCAGUUAAACUUGAAAACGAUUUAACUGGAGAAGGGAAUACAGAUAUAACGGUUGAUCUAAAAGACUUAUCGUAAAGUAUUAUUUUUAUUCAGAUGUUCCACUGGUAUUACUAAUUACAAUUCCAUCCUAUGUACUGUCAGUAACAUUUUAUUGUACAUUGUUCAGCCAACAAUUCUUGAAAAAAAAACUUGCACAAAGAAAAGAAAAAUGCAGACUACAUUAAAUGUUUUACUCUGUCUAUAAACUGUUCUUAGCUCCAGAUAAAACAUUGAGGAUUGUUUGAUAUUUUGUUUUCACUGGAUAAGCCACAAUCUACUUGAUGAGCAUGAUUCUAGUGCAGUUGAAUUCAAAUCUGGAGCCUUCAAACAGGCAUUGAAACCUUCUGUGGGUUUGUUUGUUUUUGUUUUUUGUUUUUUAUUUCUGUAUUCCCUGUUGUAUUCCACACCUGAUCUUAAAAAAAAAAAAGUCACGCUUCUAUAAAUAUGAGUAUGUUACUCUUGCACAGUUUUAGGGUACAUAAGAACUCUAUUCUGUGGGAUACAGUUGAAAAAUAACAUGCCAACAAAUGCCUUGUGUGAUAUGGCACUGCCGUAAAUUUAGAUUUUAUUUUCUUUUGGAAAUAAAAUGUCACUGUAAUUUUCUUCAUUGUUCUAUGUAUUAUAUGAGGAAGCAAAUGUAGAAUAAUUUUACCCCCAUGUUCUUACCUGUAGAUUCUACAGCAUCAUGUUUUUUUUCAGGAUUGUUUUGUUUGUAAUAUUGCUUAUCUUUGUUAACAUACUGGUUCUUUUUUUGUUUUAUAUUUAUAUAUGUAUUUUGAUGGGCAGUAAAACAAAGUGUCUUAAAAGUUUUAAAUAGAGAAAAUGUGCUUUACAGAGUUGCCUAUAAAAAGUGCUCUAUGUUAUCCAAGCAAUUCAUACUAUAAGCUUCACUCUUAUUGUGGUAUGCAAUUUUUACUAUCAUGCAAACAAGCUUAGGUAAGUAAAACUAAUAGAUCACCUUAGAAACUUAUGCAAUUAAUGUGAAAAAUAAUUGAUGUUUGCAAUGUGUCUUCCUUUGGUUUACAAUCAAUUUUCAAGCUACAUCUGUACAAAGUUUCUGUAUAAAGGUGUAUUUCUUUUUUAUGAGUUUAUUGCUAUGAAAACACCAGUUAUUUUGUUACAGCUGGAUGUUUUUAUAAAUGUAUCACAAGUUUCUUUAUGCAAAGAUGUUCUGACUAGGAGUGGUUAUUGACUGUAACUACACAAUUAAAAUUGUUUGUAUGGUA